AUGUCUCAUCAAACACGAAAUAGAACACAGAUAGUGCUUCUUGUGUUCCUCAUAUUGGCCGGUGGCUUCAACAUCGGGUCUGUACUGGCCAAUGUUCCUCUCACAGUCCUACGUGCAUACGCGCAGAUUACUGGGGGCUUCGAUCCUGACGGGACCGAUGCGCGUAACCGGACCAUCUUUUCAUUUCUUACAUCAAGUAUCGUCAUCGGAUCUUUCGCAAGCAUCUUCAUUACAGCCCCAAUCGUCAACAGAAUAGGGCGCAAGGCUGCUUGCAUGCUUUUUGCUGUGCUAGUGGCCGGCCUUCUCGGGCUGACACUUAUCCCCGUGAACUACUUGUAUCUCAUAAUCAUGCGAUUUCUUGUUGGGGUUCCGUCGACCUCGUUCCUCAUCGUUUUUCCAGCGUGGAUAUCUGAGCUAUCUCCUAGCGAAAUUCGUGGUCGCCUUACGUCCUGUCUCCAACUAGGAAACUCCUUGGGGACGUUUUUCGUCUAUCUGCUUGUCAUUAUUGUCAAGCAUUGGCCAUCUACGUGGCAAGUUCCUACUGGCUUCACCAUCCUCAGCUGCAUCGUUGUGUUCGUACUUGCCAUCCCAAUCAAGGAGCUUCCUCUGAGCGCAUUGCCCGAUCACGAGCAACAGCAUCCACAUCCACAUCCGCAUCCGCAACAGUCGUCUUUCAUAGAAAUGAGUCAGACGACUGUCCCAGCGUCAUCGUCGUGUACAGACAUCAGUGGAGUGUCCCGCGCUACUAUUCUGACUGUAGUGGAGAAUGGGGCUAGGUCUGCGACCAAUCCAUCAAGCCAGAGUAGCGAUUCUCCAGUCCCUUUAAAAGAGAUAUUCUGCAACCGUAUCUACCGUCGUUGCGUUUUUAUCUCUGUGUGCAUGCCCCUCAUGCAGCAAGGAGUGGGCGUUAAUGCCAUUCUCUUGUACGCUGGGUCCAUUUUCAAACAGCUUAGCUUUCCUGACAGCGACGUUGUCGGCGCGGCCCUUCUUGCUUUGUGGUGCGUGUUAGCUGGUAUCAUCGCAAUCCCUUUAGUAGAGCAGAAAGGGCGCAGAUACCUGAUCUUUAUUGGGAUGCCUAUCAUUCUCUUCUCUCUGAUUCUCCUGAUGACCUCUUACCUCAUAACCAAUCAAACAGUUACUACUGUAUUACUGCUAGUCUCUAUAUUUCUCUAUUUUCUUGCUUUCAACUUCUCGAUAGGUCCCCUUAUUUUCACCGUCUGCGGAGAGAGCUUUCCCCAGCGGAUCCGGAUACGACUCAUGAGCUUCACGUUUCUCAUCUUUCGCAUCAUAUCCAUAGUGGUCAUGAUUUCAUUCCCGUAUACCCUCGACAUCCUCUACAUCACGUUCUUCUUGUAUUUUUGCGUGGGUCUUGUUAGCACCGUUCUUUGCUGGUUCUCCCUUCCAGAGCUCAAGCAAAAGACCCCUGAAGAGGUUGAAAAGGCUGUGCUCACAGAGUACGUGUUUGAGCUAUUCACGCUCACCGGGAAAACUGUGCGUCGAAAGUCUGACGUACAAUCUGUAAAUUAA